AAUGAACUGCUGAAUUCGCGACCAUAAAAUCCUUUAAUCAAAAGGGUCUGCAACGCCAUUUUAGGACACAACACAGAGAGAGAGAUUCGACAGCGCUCGCACCAUGUCUGCCCAUCAACUCCCCACGCCUCCUCUCCUCACUCCCUACAAGAUGGGAAGAUUCGAUCUUUCUCACAGAGUUGUUCUAGCACCGUUGACCAGACAAAGAUCAUACAAGAACGUUCCUCAGCCACACGCCAUAUUGUACUAUUCCCAGAGAACCUCUAAGGGUGGCCUUCUCAUUACUGAAGCCACAGGAGUGUCUGACACUGCACAAGGGUAUCCAGAUACACCUGGCAUCUGGACUAAAGAGCAAGUUGAGGCUUGGAAACCCAUUGUAGAUGCUGUUCAUGCCAAGGGUGGUAUCCUCUUCUGUCAGAUCUGGCAUGUUGGGAGGGUCUCAAAUACAGGUUUUCAGCCAAAUGGGCAGGCUCCAAUCUCAUCUACUGACAAGCCAUUGACUCCUCAACUUCGAAGUAAUGGCAUUGAUGUUGCUCAAUUCACGCCUCCAAGGCGACUAAGGACUGAUGAAAUUCCAAACAUUGUUAAUGACUUCAGACUUGCUGCAAGGAAUGCAAUGGAAGCUGGUUUUGACGGUGUUGAAAUACAUGGAGCUCAUGGCUACUUACUAGAACAAUUCAUGAAAGACCAGGUAAACGACAGAACAGAUCAGUAUGGAGGUUCUCUGGAGAACCGGUGUCGUUUCACUCUUAAGAUCGUGGAGGCCAUUGUUAAUGAAAUAGGCGCAGACAGAGUCGGGAUCAGGCUUUCCCCUUUUGCAACCUACUCGGAAGCAGCAGACUCGAACCCCAAAGCACUAGGAAAAUACAUGGUCGAACAAUUAAAUAAUUAUGGGAUCCUUUACUGCCACAUGGUUGAGCCAAGAAUGAAGACUGUGGGCGAGAUGAGCGAAUGUCCGCACAGUCUUGUGCCAAUGAGGAACUUGUUCAAGGGAACUUUCAUUGUAGCCGGAGGUUAUACCCGGGAAGAUGGAAACAAUACUGUGGCCGAGAACCGUGCAGAUCUUGUUGCUUACGGCCGUUGGUUCUUGGCCAAUCCAGAUUUGCCUAAGAGGUUUCAGUUGGACGCACCUCUGAAUAAGUACAACAGAGAGACGUUCUACGUAUCGGACCCGGUGAUUGGGUACACCGAUUAUCCAUUCCUGGAGGGCACGGCUUAAGUCACUGCCGGACGUGACUUGGAAUAAAACAGCUCAUCAUUGAUUCUUGCCUAUUUUUAGGCAUGCCGAUGAGAAUUUUCUUACCCUUGUACUUCCGCUGCAUUGAUAUGCAUAACACAAUAAAAUUUGUACGUCUUGAUACAAUCACGGGGCAUGGACCAAUCAAUGAAUUGCUUGAUGCGGAAUAGGUUUGGUAUCUGUUCA